AUGAAUACUAUGUUGCGAGUUGCACGUAUUCUGAAUAUAUCCAACAAACGUUGUUUAAGUACCAAUAAAUUGCCUCCUGAAAUUGUUGUGCCAAUAAAUAAAGAGAUGAUUGUCUGUUGGCAUCCGCAACAAGAUUUUCCUUAUGAAUAUUCAUUACCAUUACCAGAAAAACAACAAAUGUCAAACUCUGUUUUAUGUAUUGGUGAAAAAGAAAUUGCAGAAGUUUUUAUCCAUAAGAAGAAGGAUGAGAUCAUUGAACAACUCGCAAAAAUGACAUAUACUACAAAACAUAGAUGGUAUCCUAGAUGCAGAGACAAGAGAAGAAGACAUACAGAUGCAGAAAGACCAUAUCUGUAA